GUGUAUGUUUGUAUAGGAGGAGGAGGAGGAGGAGGAGGAGGAGGAAAUUAAAACAAGCAAGUAACAUGUGUUAUGUGGGUAAGGCGACGAAGAUCUUCUUCUUUGUAGUAGGGGUGCUCGCUGUAGGAGGUCUGGUAUUGGGCUUCGGCCUGGCCCGCCACAGCUGGGCCCACAAGGCCCGCCCAUGCCGAUCCCCCGAUUGCCGGCCCAUUUACUCCGACCCCAUCCCGGCCGUCACCGGCCCCGACCCCGACCCCUCGGCCGCCGCCGCUGCUGACGCCGCCGCCCCCAAUCCUACCUCUUCUGCCGCCGCCGCCGCCACAACAACUAGUCCUUUCUCUGUAUCGGCCGCACCACAGCCCUUCCAAACUUUCGGCCCGCCGAGCCCGGCCUCCGUCGCGCUCGGCCCGGCCCAUGCGUAGCCACGUCCUCACCCAAUUUGGCAAAUUUGUAAUGUGUUAUUAAUAUUGUUAGGCUUUUUGUUUGGAAUU